AUGCACGCCAUCACGGUCACAGCCCUGUUACCGUGGACUUCUUUCGCCGCUCCACGCUCCGCGCCGCGCUGCCGGCAGCUGGCCACUCUGCGCACCACACGGCCACUCUGCGGCCUGCGAGAGGCUGGCGACGAGGCGCACUCGUCCAAGAAGAGGCACAUGGCGCUAAUGUUUGGCUUCCGCGGCACGGGCUUCUAUGGCCUCCAGUCUCAGAGCGCUGAGGGCACGCCCGGCCAGCCGACCGUCUCUGACGCGCUGCGGCGGGCACUCCUCGACGCGGGCGCGGUCCUGCCGAGCAACUUCUCUCCACUGACGCGAACAAAGUGGACGCUGGCGAGCCGGACCGACAAGGGCGUGCACGCGGCUCGCGCGGCCGUCGACAUCUCUCCUCUCGCACCCGGCGCCGGCCUCCUCCUCGACGAGAUCCGCUGGUUCGAUCUCGGCAAGCGCGCCGAGGACCUCGCCUUCCCCCCGUCGGCGCACGCGGCGGCCGAAGCCUUCAAGGAGGGCACGGACGGGCGGAGGGGCGGGGCGGUGGUGGAGCGGAGGAGGGUUGGCCUUCCAGGCGGGCUGAGCGUCCAGAUCUGCGUCCACUAUGGCCUUGCGCCCGGCCCUCGCAGCAGCCAGAUGCUCGAGGGGCUGCGCGAGCGCCUCGAGCGCGGGGAGGUGCUCGCGCGGCAGCCGUACGAGUACUACCUCGGCAAGCUCGAGGAGGUGCACGGGAAGCCGCCGCCGCGGCCGGCGGAGGCGAUGGAGGAGGGCCGCGGUGUCGCCGCGGGGUCGGUGAGUGAGGUGCGGGUUUGGUGCUGA